GAGGCACCCAGUUCUAUCUGCAGCCACCUCACCUUUCACUGCAUCCCCAUCCCCUGCACAGGGGGCUGACUAUGUCUCUGGGUGGCAUUGUGGGGUUGGGGCUCCCGAAGCAUCAAUGGGAUUUAAUGACUUGCUGACAGUUUAUUACUGCACCAGUGUCUCCCCUUGAAGGAGCAAGCAGCUCAUUCACCAAAGAGCCUGAUGCAAAGCCCCCUGCACACCCCUGCCCUCUCUCAGGAUUAUUUGGGAAGGAGGUGAGGAAAUGGGUGUGAUGGAGGGAGUGAGGGGGCUGAACUCUGUCUGGCUUUGCCACUGUGGAGAAAAACACAUGAAAGAAUAAAAGGAAGAAGGGAAAGGGAAGAUUAAUACACACAAAUAUUGAUAUAGUGAGAGAAGAGCACGAGCAGAUACGUAGAUACUGUGGUAAAAGGCAAAAGAAGGAAAGUUGAGAUUUCUGUCAAAUCUCUUAUUUUUGUUUUUGUUUUUCUGAAGUUCACUAGAAACUCAGUGCCAGUGAUGAAGACUCCUCUGAAAGGAAGAGGGACAAAAGACUUAGAGAGAAACAGACAGUUUUAUGACUUUGCCUCAAGUGUGGGAGGAAUAAAAAUGGUUCAGUUUAAUUGUGCAACUCCAGGGUUCACGGUGCUUGUUGAGGUCACUUUCUUCUGUUAGUCUGACAGGUUGACUUACUGUCCUGGCAACAACUUGAAAGAUAAGCUUACAGAAAAAUGAUACUUUCAGGUUUCAUUCCAUUUUAGUUCCCUGAUCUGCAACUGAAAGUCCACAUUGUCUUGUUUACAUGGAUACAUGGCACAGAGUGAAGGACACACAGUACAAUGUCAUUGACAGAAGCUGAAAAUGAAUGAAGAUUACUGGUACUUGUGACAUCUUCCUCUCUUGUUUUCCUGGCUGAUAUGGGUGGUAUGAUAAUCUGAGAGGCGCCCUAAUAGCAUCCUUAGUGAAGCAUUUAUUUUUGACUCCCAUCAUCACAAGUCUACAGACCAUAAGAAGAAAUGAUCAGUCAACUACCAGAGGAUCCUGUGGAGUCCCAGGGCUCAGAUGAGCUUGAGUGCAAGAUUUGUUACAACCGCUAUAAUCAGAGACAGAGGAAACCAAAAGUGCUGGAGUGUUGUCACAGAGUAUGUGCCAAAUGCCUUUGCAAGAUCAUAGACUUUGGGGACUCUCCUCAGGGAGUCAUAGUGUGCCCAUUCUGUAGGUUUGAGACAUGCCUGCCUGAUGAUGAGGUUAGUAGUCUUCCUGAUGACAACAACAUCCUUGUGAAUUUGGCUUGUGGGGGAAAGGGGAAGAAGUGCCUGCCAGAUAAUCCUACAGAACUGUUGCUAACUCCCAAAAGGCUGGCAUCUCUUGUUAGCCCUUCUCACGCUUCCUCCAACUGCCUGGUUAUAACCAUCAUGGAAGUGCAGAGAGAAAGCCCACAGACUCUGAACUCUACCCCGGUGGUGGAAUUCUACAGGCCCACGAGUUUUGAGUCUGUUGCAACUGUAUCCCACAACUGGACAGUGUGGAACUGUACAUCCUUGCUCUUCCAGACCUCAAUUCGAGUGCUAAUUUGGUUGCUAGGUUUGCUAUACUUUAGUUCCUUGCCUUUAGGGAUCUACUUACUGGUAUCUAAGAAAGUCACCCUGGGGGUCGUCUUCGUCAGCCUUGUUCCUUCGAGCCUUGUUAUUCUUAUGGUUUAUGGCUUUUGCCAAUGUGUAUGCCAUGAGUUUCUGGACUGCAUGUCUUCUUGAUAACAAAUAUAGUGAAAUAAGAAAUAAGGCACUGCCAUGUUUGUAGCAUAAUUUAUCUUCUCUAUUGUAUUACUAUUUAUUAUUAUUUUAUUUUAUUCAUCACACUAAACAGAAGCAGUGGCCACAAUUUUAUGGUCCAUUUAUUUUGUUUUUUAAUUUUGCUUUGAUAUUUAUUGUGCUUCAUUCUACUUGUUCAUUAUACCACCGAAUGGAAAUAAAAUGUACAUGUCAAUUUUUGAAGGUUAAACUAUAGGAAAAAAAAGCAAAAUUACCUAA